UGUAGGCAGCUGGUAUAACAAUCCCGAAUUUGUGGGAAGUGACAAAUUAAAAGAUGUAAUACACAAAUUGGAAACAAACGAAACGCCCCGAAUGGGCGUAACGCUCUCUGAAGUCACUCUCUCAAGCAUUUGCAGGGAGGCCCGAUCUGUGUUUUUGGCCCAACCUAUGCUAUUGGAGCUGCAUGCGCCCAUAAAUAUUUGCGGGGAUAUACAUGGGCAAUACGAAGAUUUAUUGCGGAUAUUCAAAAGCUGCGGCUUCCCAUCCGUCAGCAAUUAUCUGUUCCUUGGCGACUAUGUGGAUCGCGGUCACCAGUCCAUAGAGACCAUCACGUUGCUGCUCGCUUAUAAGCUACGAUAUCCAUAUACGUUUUUCCUCUUGCGCGGCAAUCACGAAUCCGCUGAUGUUAAUCGGACUUAUGGCUUCUAUGACGAGUGCAAGCGACGCUACAACGUUAAGCUUUGGCGAGCCUUUGUGGACUGUUAUAACUGUAUGCCAGUGGCAGCCAUUGUGGAGAAUCGGAUAUUCUGCUGUCACGGAGGACUGAGCCCCGAUCUGAAUGAUUUGAAUGCCAUACGCCAGUUACCUCGACCAACGGAGGUGCCGAUGAACGGUCUGCUGUGUGAUCUUCUCUGGUCGGAUCCGGAUAAGGAUACCAUUGGUUGGGGGGCAAACGAUCGAGGCGUUAGCUUCACCUUUGAUUCGGGCAUCGUUAACUCAUUUCUGGCAUCUCACGGAUUCAAUUUAAUUGUUCGUGCCCAUCAGGUUGUCGAGGAUGGAUACGAAUUCUUUGCGGGUCGCAAGCUGGUCACAAUCUUCUCGGCUCCCAACUAUUGCAAUUUAUUUGACAACUGCGGCGCUGUUCUGAUUGUAAAUGCGGCAUUGGUUUGUCAUUUUGUCAUCAUCCAGCCUCAGACGUUUCGGCUGUUGGUCGUUUUCAUUUUGGAUGGUUCUUUACAGAUGCGAUUUUAGUUAUGUAGUUCUUCAUUUUGGCAAAUUAAAUGUUAUUACUAUAAAUGUUAACAAAAAUUAUUGUUGUGUGGA